GUGGACCGCAAUGUCAAAAUUGCUGUUCGGCCAUUGCUCGUGAAAAAACAAUUUUGUUUACAAAACAAAUCAUAUCUUUUGGUGUCAAAUGCAUUCGUUGGCAAAAUAGCUGCUCACGCCUUACUGUAGGCAGAUAUCUACAAUCAGCGGUCGAAUUAAAAGCAGUGCAGAAGGAUGUUUUGAGUAUAUUUUACCUUCUAGCCGCGCAAUCAAUGCUUUUCUUUCCAAGCAAGCAGCGUUUUAAUCGGCAAAAGCAUGAAAUAGAAUCGUACGUGGUACGAAUUUAUCGACACAAUCUAAUCAAGGACGGAGGCAUCAUCAAACGGAAACUACGCGAGAAACUUUUCGAAGAGAUAAAACUGCGCCGCAACACUCGUGUCAAAAUGGACGAGUUGGGCUGGGUGCUGAUGAACCACGAUUUGAUAACACGUAAUGAGCCAAUCCAACAGCAUGCCAAUGGUAAUCGAUCAAAUCAUUUUAAAUUCAAUAUGGAGCGGUUGCGAAACCUACUGGAGCAGCACGAACAGAACAAUCACGCUGAGUUGACUUCCAAAAAGUAAAACAAAUUCCUGCGUAUGCUGGAUGCAAUUUUACAAAACGACAAAGUUUUGAAGGAAAUUAAAGAGAUGGUAGUGGCGAAUCGAAUUCUAUCAGAAAUUCGUUAUGUGGCUACGGUGGAACGUAUGCUGAAACACAAUUUGGACCCCUCUUUGCGCUGCUGCUUUGUAUGCC